CACAGAGCCCGAGCAUCUGAACACACACUCACACACACUUCAUCAGCCUCAGCUGCUCUCAACACCCGAGGGCACCCGUACAUGGAUUUGUCCCGGAUUCCCCCUCUCUAACAUGGACGCCCGGUCGGAAGGUUGCCCGUUUGCGCAGUGAGACGGACAUGCGGAGCAUCGCUGAUGGAGUGUGUUCUUCAGUCUCAGUGACCAUGCCGUGAUCACACCGCUGACAACACAACACAAACCAGUGGGAUUCUUACGCUCCGUCCAGGGGAAUGACAUGCAGUUCGCGAAGAUGUGCUCUCCUCUGGUAACUCAUCAUCACAGAUGGCUUGGGCUGUUGCUGCUCUUGCUGUGUGUGGGAUAUUCUCACGGGAUGCCACAUGUGUUAAGAUUCGGGGGGAUAUUUGAGUCCAUCGAGAGUGGCCCAUCAGGUGCUGAAGAACUUGCCUUUAAGUUUGCUUUAAAUACAAUCAACAGGAACAGAACUUUACUGCCAAACACCACACUUACAUACGACAUCCAGAGGAUAAACAUCCACGACAGCUUCGAGGCCUCCAGGAAAGCUUGUGACCAGCUCUCUCUGGGAGUGGCGGCCAUCUUCGGCCCGUCCCACAGCUCUUCGGCCAACGCGGUGCAGUCCAUCUGUAACGCUCUCGGGGUGCCGCACAUCCAGACCAAGUGGAAGCACCAAGUGUCAGACAACCGUGACUCCUUCUACGUCAGCCUUUACCCAGACUUCUCCUCCCUCAGCAGAGCCAUCUUAGACCUGGUUCACUUCUUCAAGUGGAAGACGGUCACCGUGGUUUACGACGACAGCACAGGUCUGAUUCGAUUACAGGAGCUCAUCAAGGCUCCUUCUCGUUACAACAUCCGAUUAAAAAUCCGGCAGCUACCAGCAGACACAAAAGAUGCCAAGCCCCUUCUUAAAGAAAUGAAACGAGGAAAAGAGUUUCAUGUGAUCUUUGACUGUGGUCAUGAGAUGGCAGCUGGCAUCCUUAAACAGGCUCUCGCUAUGGGGAUGAUGACAGAGUAUUACCACUACAUUUUUACUACCCUGGAUCUCUUCGCGUUGGAUGUGGAACCUUAUCGCUACAGCGGGGUCAACAUGACAGGCUUCCGUAUCCUAAACACCGAGAACAGCCAGGUGUCCUCCAUCAUCGAGAAGUGGUCCAUGGAGCGUCUACAGGCUCCUCCUAAACCAGACUCUGGGCUACUGGACGGUUUCAUGACAACAGAUGCUGCCCUGAUGUACGACGCGGUACAUGUGGUGGCCGUGGCCGUCCAGCAGUCUCCGCAGAUCACCGUCAGUUCACUCCAGUGUAACCGCCACAAACCCUGGCGCUUCGGCAACCGCUUCAUAGCGCUCAUCAAAGAGGCCCACUGGGACGGCUUGACCGGACGGAUAAACUUCAACAGGACCAAUGGCCUGAGGACAGAUUUCGAUCUGGAUGUGAUCAGUCUACGGGAAGAAGGACUUGAGAAGAUUGGGACAUGGGAUCAUGCAAGUGGUUUAAACAUGACGGAGAACCAGAAGGGAAAGGCAGCCAAUGUGACUGACUCUCUCGCCAACAGAUCACUGGUGGUGUCCACUAUACUGGAAGAGCCGUACGUGAUGUUCAAGAAGUCGGACAAGCCGCUGUACGGGAACGAUCGCUUCGAGGGCUUCUGCAUCGACCUGCUGCGAGAGCUGGCUGCCAUCCUGGGCUUCUCCUACGAGCUGCGGCUGGUGGAGGACGGCAAGUACGGCGCGCAGGAGGAGAGCACGGGCCAGUGGAACGGCAUGGUCCGGGAACUGAUGGACCACAAAGCUGAUCUUGCAGUGGCGCCGCUGGCCAUCACGUACGUGCGGGAGAAGGUCAUCGACUUUUCCAAACCCUUCCUGACGCUGGGGAUAAGUAUACUGUACCGCAAGCCCAACGGCACCAACCCCGGGGUGUUCUCCUUUCUCAACCCCCUCUCCCCCGACAUCUGGAUGUAUAUUCUGCUCGCUUACUUGGGUGUCAGUUGUGUGCUGUUUGUCAUAGCCAGGUUUAGCCCCUACGAAUGGUAUAACCCCCACCCGUGCAACCCCGACUCGGACGUGGUGGAAAACAAUUUCACCCUGCUAAAUAGUUUCUGGUUCGGAGUUGGAGCUCUCAUGCAGCAAGGAUCUGAGCUCAUGCCCAAAGCCCUUUCCACCAGGAUAGUGGGGGGAAUCUGGUGGUUUUUUACCCUAAUCAUCAUCUCCUCCUACACGGCCAACCUAGCCGCCUUCCUCACUGUGGAGAGAAUGGAGUCUCCCAUUGACUCGGCUGAUGAUCUGGCCAAGCAGACCAAGAUUGAGUAUGGAGUGGUUGAGGACGGCUCUACAAUGACCUUCUUUAAGAAAACAAAGAUCUCCACGUAUGAUAAGAUGUGGGAGUUCAUGAGCAGUCGAAGGCAUACGGUCAUGGUGAAGAGCAUCGAGGAAGGAAUCGAGCGCGUGCUCACCUCAGAUUAUGCUUUUCUUAUGGAGUCCACCACCAUCGAGUUCGUCACCCAGCGCAACUGCAACCUCACACAGAUCGGAGGCCUCAUAGACUCCAAGGCCUACGGGGUUGGCACUCCCAUGGGGUCCCCGUACCGAGAUAAGAUCACCAUCGCAAUCCUGCAGCUUCAGGAAGAAGGGAAGCUGCACAUGAUGAAGGAGAAGUGGUGGCGAGGAAACGGCUGUCCCGAGGAGGAGAACAAAGAGGCCAGUGCGCUGGGCGUCCAGAACAUCGGGGGCAUUUUCAUAGUGUUGGCCGCGGGACUCGUCCUCUCUGUGUUUGUGGCGGUCGGGGAGUUUCUCUAUAAGUCCAAACAAAACGCUCAGCUGGAAAAGAGAUCCUUCUGCAGUGCCAUGGUGGACGAGCUGCGGGUUUCCCUCAAGUGCCAGCGCCGGCUCAAACACAAGCCUCAGCCGCCCGUCAUGGUCAAAACCGAUGAAGUCAUCAACAUGCACACCUUCAACGACCGGAGACUGCCGGGCAAAGAGACCAUGGCUUAAAACGGACACCAGCUCGCUCUUUCCUGAGCCUGGAGACGGGGAGAAAUGUGGGGCGGGGAGGAUGGCGGUUUUCUAUACGGGGAAGGGAUCUUAAAUGUCAUUUCAAACAAUUAGCAAUUGAAAACAACAGCAGAAACUGAAACAUAUUUCCUGUGGAAAUUACUUGAAUCUGGGCAAAAUUUGAGUUCCCUCAUGGCACCAGAUCACCAUCAGAGCAAAGACUGAGCGGUAACUUUUAGCAGGAAAUACACACAGCUAGAGGAGUGUGAUGGAGGGAGGUUUGUCUGCUCAUUAUGUUCCUGUUAUUUUUGGUUUGAUGACGCUCUCGGCUGUUGUCCGUCCACAGAGAUCAGUCGAGUCCUUUAGAGAGAACGAGGAGACGGGUCCCGAUAAACACGGAAGAUUUGAAUACAUACGGUACCUGUGCUACUUUUAGGAGCCGCUCGGAAACGGUUCGCACGACUGUUUUCUGAGCGCCACAGCAAUAUCACUGAAAUUAUUCAACAGGUUUCUCAGACACACACACACACACAAGCAAUGGAAGCAGGACAGAGCGACAGGCAAUACACCACUUUCAUUUGUUGCCAUUUUCAGGUCCCCUGCUGAACGUCACCACGACUAACGAUGAACCUCACGGAAACACGCCAGGCCCAAAACACAAGUCUAAUGAAAAUCUAUUUUAAAAAUGCCUUUUUUCAGAACCAUUGCGUAAACAAAUUAAAGGAGUAGUUCACUUUUGAAAAAAAAAACUUUAGUUGAUAAUUUACUCACCCCCAUGUCAUCCAAGA